CAGUAGGUCAGUCCUUGUAUAUCUCCCGGGAUUCUAGUGACUGGCCCCUAUAACAUAUUCCAACGAAUAACAUAUUCCACACGUAACCAAACCAAUAUUCCAAACGUAACCAAAAAGAUGUGAAUUGUGAUUGGUAAAGAAAAUGUUUUCAUUUUAUUUUUUAAAUUUUGUGCCUUGAUGGGUACGGUUGCAUAAUUCGCGAUCAAGGCAAAGUCCAUUAAUUAAGUUUCGGUUUAUUAAACAUAGCGGAUUAUAUUGUAGUUGCCAAUCGGCAUAACCAUGUCUGCUCAAAAAAUAGUUCAUUUAAUUAUAGCCCUACAUUUUUGGUAUAGCUGUUAUUACGAUUGGUAUUAUGUUAAAAUACCGACGGAGAUUCAUAACAUGGGUGACUCUUUCCUAAAAAGUGGUAAACUAAAGUUUUUAACUUACUGGGAUGCUUUAUUACAGUCAGUUUUCUUCACGCUCUGUUUCUUAGAUGAUAUUGUAUCAGGAACCAGUGAAAGUCUGCCGAAGAAAACCCCAUUGGUGCGAAAAAUUAAAGAUAUUAUGCUACCAUCUUUAGCAUUUCCAUUGUCAAUGUUUGUCGGCCUGACCUUUUGGGGACUGUACGCUCUGGAUAGGGAGCUUAUUUUUCCUAAAGUGUUGGACGACUACUUUCCAAACUGGCUUAAUCAUGUUAUGCAUACCAACAUUAUGAUAUUUACUUUGUUGGAGCUGGUGACCUCUUACCGAACAUAUCCUUCAAGAAAAGUUGGUCUUACAUUAUUACUUUCAUUUAUGGCUAGUUAUCUUGUGUGGAUCCAUGUUCUCAAUGCAUACACAAACCAUUGGGUCUAUCCAAUAUUGGAUGUAUUGAAUUUUCCCGCCAGGAUAGUAUUUUUCAUAAGCAACAUAGUCAUAGUGGUUGUUUUAUAUGUUAUGGGUGAAAAAAUAAAUAGUUUGAGAUGGGGAAGUCGAAAGUUGAAGAUUAAAAACAAGUAAUACAUAUUGUGUCCAUGUUUUUUUACAAGACGUUAGAUUAGAUUGAUGCUUUAUGUAGUAAUAUAGGAAAAUCGGUUUAUUUUUGCAAUAAGAGUUAAAAAAAGAUUUCCUGUUCA